AUGGGAUGCAGCUCCACCCCAUUCCAUCCCUUUCCCUCUCCAGCCGUCCAGCGCGGCCGCAUCCCCCCCAGCCACUCCUCGGGCAGCCCCAACCCCAUCCCAGCGGGCGAAUUCUUCAACGGGCAGCCCCUGUCGGAGCUCAUCUCCCAACUCCUCCGCGCCGAGCCCUACCCGGCGGCGCGCUACGGCUCCCAGUACGCCCAACCCGGCGGCCUCAUGGCCAUCGACAACAUCUGCGAGCUGGCCGCCCGCCUCCUCUUCAGCACCGUGGAGUGGGCCCGCAACAUCCCCUUCUUCCCGGAUCUCCCCGUCUCCGACCAAGUGGCGCUGCUCCGCCUGAGCUGGAGCGAGCUCUUCGUGCUGAACGCGGCGCAGUCGGCGCUGCCGCUGCACGUGGCGCCGCUGCUGGCGGCCGCCGGCUUCCACGCCUCGCCCAUGGCGGCCGACAGGGUGGUGGCUUUCAUGGAUCAGAUCCGGCUCUUCCAGGAGCAGGUGGAGAAGCUCAACCGGCUGCAGGUGGAUUCGGCGGAGUACAGCUGCCUCAAGGCCAUCACGCUCUUCACGCCCGACGCCUGCGGGCUGUCGGACGCGGCGCACGUGGAGACGCUGCAGGAGAAGGCGCAGGUGGCCCUGACGGAGUACGUGCGCUCCCAGUACCCCGCGCAGCCCCAGCGCUUCGGCCGCCUCCUGCUGCGGCUCCCGGCUCUCCGCGCCGUUCCCGCCUCCCUCAUCUCCCAGCUCUUCUUCAUGCGCCUCGUGGGGAAGACGCCCAUCGAGACGCUGAUCCGGGACAUGCUGCUGUCCGGCAGCACCUUCAACUGGCCCUACGGGGCCGGACAAUAGGGAUGGACGCUCCGCAGCGGGAAUGCCGGAUUCGGGAUGGGCCGAUCCCCGCGGGAAUGGGGGCGCGGCCGAUGGGGUGGGGAGCGCAGAGAGGAGGGGUUGGCGCCA